UUGAAUCCUGCCUUGGCUUCCGUGUCGGAAAGAGCACGCCCAGCAAGGCUGGAGCUGCUGCGUCCUGGAGAGAGAAAGAGGAUCCCUGCAGCCAUGGCAAGGGGCCGGAUCACGGCUCUGACCGUGAGCGACGUCCGAUUCCCCACCUCCUUGGAUCACCACGGCUCUGACGCCAUGCACCCAGAUCCAGACUAUUCUGCGGCCUAUGUUGUCAUACAGACAGAUGCCUCGGAUGGGCUCAAAGGCUACGGCUUAACAUUCACUCUGGGCAAAGGCACAGAAGUGGUUGUUUGUGCCAUCAAUGCACUCUCAGCUCAUGUGGUCAAUAGAGAUUUGGAUGAAAUCAUCUCUGAUUUUCGAGGCUUCUACAGGCAACUCACCAGUGAUGGGCAGCUCCGAUGGAUUGGCCCAGAAAAAGGAGCUGUGCAUUUGGCCACAGCUGCCAUUCUGAAUGCUGUUUGGGAUUUGUGGGCCAAACAGGAAGGAAAGCCUCUCUGGAAGCUGCUGGUUGACAUGGAUCCCAAACAGUUGUUAUCUUGCAUAGAUUUCAGAUAUAUUACUGAUGCACUGACAGAAGAGGAAGCUUAUACAAUACUUCAAAAGGGUCUAGUGGGGAAAAAAGAAAGAGAAGAACAAAUGUUAAAAUAUGGUUACCCAGCUUACACCACAUCGUGUGCCUGGCUUGGCUAUCCAGACCAGCAACUAAAACAGCUCUGCACUGAAGCUCUGAAAGAUGGAUGGACUAGGUUUAAAGUCAAAGUUGGAGCGGAUCUCCAAGAUGACAUUCGAAGAUGCAGACUCGUUAGAGAAAUGAUUGGUCCUGAAAACAUACUGAUGCUGGAUGCCAACCAAAGAUGGGAAGUGGAAGAAGCCAUAGAAUGGGUCACCAAACUAGCUGAAUUUAAACCGCUCUGGAUUGAGGAACCUACUUCGCCUGAUGAUGUUCUUGGGCAUGCAACCAUUUCUAAGGCUUUAGCGUUACUAGGGAUUGGCGUGGCAACUGGAGAACAAUGCCAUAACAGGGUGGUCUUUAAGCAACUUCUACAGGCCCAGGCUUUGAGUUAUGUCCAGAUUGAUAGCUGCAGACUGGGAAGUGUCAAUGAAAACUUGUCUGUAUUGCUGAUGGCCAAGAAGUUUCAAAUCCCUGUAUGCCCUCAUGCAGGAGGAGUCGGCCUUUGUGAGCUGGUACAACACUUGAUAAUAUUUGACUACAUUUCGAUAUCUGGCAGCCUUGAGAACAGGAUGUGUGAAUAUGUGGAUCAUCUGCAUGAACACUUCAAAUACCCUGUAGUAAUCAAGAACGCAUCCUACAUGCCACCCCAGGCACCUGGAUAUUCCUCCGAAAUGAAAGAAGAUUCGGUAAGGAAAUACCAGUUUCCACAAGGAGAGAUCUGGCAGAAACUCCUGUCUGAUCCUCAGACAGCCAAUAUGAGAUGAAACCUACAUCUUCCGGCUUCAGAUUAGGCUCCUAAGCUAUUUUUACUGCUGCAAAUAGUUGGUUUCGCUGAACUUACAGUUCAAAUUGAUGCUUUUAGAAAGCUUUCCCUGGCUUGCAUAAAACAAGAAAAUUGCAGUCCCAGUUAUAGAACUCUUGACCAGUUUAAACAAAAUAAAGACUUUUAAUAGUU